CACAACCGCAAUGACCGACCUCGUCACGACCGCCUCCGUGGGCAUCGCGCUGGCUGCGCUCGCGAUCGCGUACCUCUACCACCGGUACGGCCGCAACGAGCCCUUCGUGCCGGGUCUUGCCUUCCCGCACGAGCUCCACGCGCCGUUCAUUGGUGUUGCCAAGCACAUGGGCAAGCUCGAGGCGAGUGCCCGCGUCUUCGUCGACGCAGCCGACGCCAAUGGCAUGGUCUCGUUCAAGCUCAUGAGCAUGCACGUGAUCGCGGUCACCAAGGCCGAGCACGUCCGCGCCGUCGUGUGCUCGUCCAGCUACCGCAAGCCCAUGCCGCUCAUCCAAAAGCACAUUCGCGAGCUCCUCGGGUACAACUCGUUGCCAGUGCUCAUGCACGACGAGUGGAAAGUACAUCGGCGCGUCUUUGCGAGGGCGUUCCACUGGGAAUACCUCGCCGCGAUGGUUCCGGCCAUGGCUACGGUCGCGGCCGAGGCUGCGAGCGUACUAUUGGCCGCGUCCACCACGGACGUCUACCGCGUGCUACAGCUCUCGGCGCUCGACACGAUCGCGCUCACCGGCUUCGGCUUCAACGUCCACGCGCUCCGCGACAGCUCGCACCCGAUCGCCGAGGCGUUCGAGUUUCUGCUCAGUGAGACAACGCGGCGUUGCUUUGAGGCGCCGCUGCGGCCGACGAGUUACUUUUACUCGAUUCCGACGCCCGCGAAUCUCCGAUACCGCCGCGAAGUCGGCGUUGUCCGCGCCAAGCUCGGUGACAUCAUCGCAGCGCGCCUGGCCUCGCCAACCAAAGGUCACCCCGACUUGCUCCAGGCGCUAUUGGACGCCGCGGCUGCUGAGGACGACCCCAUGUCCCCGGACGCACUCGCCGACAAUGUGCUUGCCUUCUUCUUUGGCGGCUACGACACGACGAGCACCGGCAUGGCGUACACGCUGUACCUGCUGGCGACGCACCCGGAGGUCCAAGCCAAAGCGGUCGCCGAGAUCGAUACCGUGGUCGGCAUGUCGGGCGCCAUCACGUACGAAGUGUUGCAGUUGCUGCCGUAUCUGAAUGCGGUGCUGACCGAGUCGCUGCGGCUCUUCCCGCCAACGCCAGUCACGAGCCGCCACCUCGAGACCGACCUUGUUCUGAGCGGGUACACCAUACCGGCGGGCACCAUGGCGUACCUUCCGAUCUGGUACAUCAACCGCUCGACGCUCAACUGGGGCAACGACGCGCUCGACUUCAAGCCCGAGCGACACCUCACCGACCACAUGGAGGGCGACGUGGGCGCGAAAGACCGAGCAUACCGGUUCAUGAGCUUCUCGGGCGGUCCGCGCAACUGCGUCGGCAUGCGCUUUGCCGUCCUCGAAGCCACUUGCAUGCUCAUCGCUGUCCUUCAGACCUGCGUGCUCGCCCGUGCGGAAGGCUCCCCGCCGCUGCAACCCAAGGCGCGUGGGAUCGUGCAAAAGCCCGAGCUUGGCGUCUGGCUGCAGCUGUCGCCUCGCUUGCGCCCGCCGCCCGCAUAGCCAUGCUUACCAGAGCCAUCGCAAUUAACUCUAGUUGUACAAGUACCUUUUGUAUAUUCGCUGAAA